GUAGAAAUCACUGUUGGGAGUACCGAGCACUUCCGCUUUCUUUUCUUGGCCGCCACGGUACUCGAGGCGAAAUGACGACAAAGCGAAGGAAUGGUGGAAGGGCAAAACAUGGUCGAGGCCAUGUGAAUCCUGUUCGUUGUACCAACUGUGCUCGUUGUGUUCCAAAGGACAAGGCGAUCAAAAAAUUCGUCAUCCGCAACAUCGUCGAGGCUGCAGCUGUAAGAGACAUCAACGACGCAAGUGUCUAUGAUACCUACCAGCUCCCCAAACUGUACGCAAAAUUGCACUACUGUGUAUCAUGCGCAAUCCACAGCAAAGUUGUUCGCAACAGAUCCAAGGCUGAUCGUCGUAUCAGGACACCACCUCUUCGCAACUUCCCAAGGGACAUGCGCCAGGGACCCCAGCAAAACAGGAAGUAAUUCAUGUGUAAUUUUUAAUUACAAAAUAAAUAAAAAUCGAUAAAAACAG